UAACUUUGCCCACGUCCUCCUCGUUUGACCCACGUGCUUCGUCACGAAAACUGCUGGCUUUGUCGGAAGUUGAACACUCCGCAGUGUUUUCCGAGGCUCACGCUUGCGUCUGUGUUGGCUCGGGUCAUUCAUCACCGUCGCCUUCAGUAAUCAGGUAAAAUCAUGCCAUCAGUUCCUUUGUCCAAAGAGAGCCCGGUGUGCCCACACGCUGCCAAGAUCCUGAACGGAGACACCAAACCUUUCCCAAUCAACGGUGUGGAUAAGUCUAAGCAGGACUUGCCAGCCACAGAGGACACCAGCAGAACUAUUCAAAUCAACACAAAGACUGGGGCUGUGGAGAGGAAAUGGAUCCGCCCUGACCUCCCCAGCCGCUGCACCUGGAGCAUCGGCGGCUCCAAAGCAGACUCUCCCCACACCCAUGUCCCCAAGCCGCCUAAUCCAUCUAUUCUGCCAACGAUCCUCCAUCGUAUUGGAGAUACUCCCCUUGUGCGCAUCAACAAGAUCCCCAAAGCUUUUGGACUCAAAUGUGAAAUCUUGGCAAAGUGUGAGUUCUUCAACGCUGGAGGCAGUGUAAAGGACAGGAUCAGCCUGCGCAUGGUGGAAGAUGCAGAGAGAGCAGGGAUCCUUAAGCCUGGAGACACAAUUAUUGAGCCAACUUCUGGAAAUACAGGAAUUGGGUUGGCUCUGGCUGCUGCUGUGAAAGGCUAUCGCUGCAUCAUUGUCAUGCCUGAAAAAAUGAGCAUGGAGAAGGUGGAUGUUCUGAGAGCUCUUGGAGCUGAAAUUGUCCGUACACCCACUAGUGCCCGCUUUGACUCCCCUGAGUCUCAUGUGGGCGUGGCCUGGCGUCUGAAGAACGAGAUCCCAAACUCGCACAUCCUGGACCAAUACCGUAAUGCCAGCAACCCUCUGGCCCACUAUGACACCACUGCCGAGGAGAUCCUGGCUCAGUGUGAUGGUAAAAUUGACAUGCUGGUAGCCGGUGCAGGAACAGGAGGGACCAUUACAGGCAUUGCACGUAAACUGAAGGAACGCUGCCCUAAUGUCAAAAUUGUUGGAGUUGACCCAGAAGGUUCUAUUCUGGCCGAGCCUGAGGAGCUUAACAAAACCGACAAAACUCAGUACGAGGUGGAGGGCAUCGGGUACGACUUUAUCCCCACAGUGCUCGACAGAUCAGUUAUUGACAUGUGGUACAAAUCCAACGAUGAGGAGUCUUUUAACAUGUCUCGAAUGCUGAUCAGAGAGGAGGGAUUGCUGUGCGGAGGUAGCUCUGGCACGGCUAUGGCUGCUGCAGUGAAUGUUGCCAAAGAACUCAAAGAAGGCCAGCGCUGUGUUGUGAUCUUGCCAGACUCUAUCCGAAAUUACAUGUCCAAGUUUCUGAGUGACAAGUGGAUGGUUCAGAAGGGCUUCCUAAGUGAGGAGGACUUGAUGGUGAAAAAACCUUGGUGGUGGAACCUGAAACUGCAGGGUCUGAACUUGUCAGCUCCGCUAACUGUACUGCCAAGUGUCACCUGCCAAAAGACAAUAAAAAUCCUUAAAGAGAAAGGAUUCGACCAAGCCCCUGUAGUGGAUGAGGCAGGCAUGAUCCUCGGGAUGGUGACUUUGGGGAACAUGUUGGCCUCCAUUCUUGCAGGGAAAAUCAGGAUCUCAGACCCAGUCAGCAAAGUGAUCUACAAGCAGUUCAAACAAGUUCAUCUGACUGACAGCCUGGGGAAAGUAUCACGCAUUCUGGAGACUGACCAUUUUGCUCUGGUCGUACAUGAACAGAUUCAAUACCUGACAGACGGCUCCCCCUCCUUGAAGCAGAUGGUUUUUGGUGUGGUAACGGCUGUGGACUUGCUCAACUUCGUCACAUAUCGGGAAAGGAGAGAGCGCUCUAUGUCAGAAUCAACUGAUGAGAUGUGACUGGCAGAAAUUGUUUUGUUAUAAACAUACAAAUAGUUUAGAGGCAAUGUUUGAGGGUUUCAUUUUCAUUGAGAAUAGUUUAACUUUUGAUUUCUUUCUAUAUUAAAUUACAUUUUAAAGUCUUGAUGCUACUUGAAGAUUGUGUGGAAAUGUAGGGCAUUGUUUACUUUGAAUAUUACAUUUCUCAUAGCUUCAGAAGUCUUGUCUAGAAAGUACCUUUAUUACUCAUUGUGGCCUUGUGUAUCCAUAAACCAUUAGGCCUACAUACAUGUCUUAUUUUGUUACAUUAGAUAUGUGAAUUUCUGCUGUAUAUAGGCAUAUUAUUUUCUUGUUAUUAUUUUCUGCAUUUCUUUAUGUAUAUGCUAUACAUUUGUGAGAUAAUCAUGUGAGAUGAUCAGACUUGAGUGUGUAUGUGAGCUGUAGGCUGAAUACCACUCUAAGAGGAUGUGGCUGUGUUUUCUUUUACACUUUGAGCCUGGUUGUGUCUGGAUUUAAAUGCAAUGUGAUCUUUUUAAUGAAUGUAAUAAAUAAUGAAUAAAUGGAAUUAAUUAAACAAUA